UCAACUCAGGACAUUGACCCCAUCCCACCCUGACUCUGUCUCCGACCUCGUCUCUUUUCCAAUACAAUAUUUUCUCCCGUCUCAACCCACUCAGAUUCUCACAUGCACAAACCGCCUCAAUUAUUUCUCCCCUCUUAUUUAGCUUUCAUUUCGUUGUUCAUCACCUCUAAAGAUUCUCUCUCUCUCUCUCUCUCUCUCUUCACUACAACUGUAAAGACCUUGAGCUGAACUAGAAAAGCUUUCAGUUCCUUCAUCAUUUGCAUUCACUUAUUUUCUUGAACAUCUUCUUCAACAUCGCAUUUCUUUGAUGUUCAUGGAAAAUAAGUUCUGUCCAUUUCAUAUUAUGCAUGGCUUUAAUAAUUUGUUUAUGUUCAUGUAUGCCUUGCUCUUUGUUCAGCUUCUGGCUCUGACAUACCAACCUGUUUUGGGUCAGCAAGGAGAUGGUGUGGUUGUCACCAAAUCCGAUUACCAAGCGCUUCGAGCAUUUAAGCGUGAACUCAUUGAUUUCAAUGGCGUUUUGCGCAGCUGGAAUGACAGCGGCUAUGGAGCCUGCUCAGGUGGGUGGGCAGGAAUCAAGUGCAUCAAGGGACAGGUCAUUGCAAUCCAGCUUCCAUGGAAGAGACUCGGGGGCAGAAUCUCUGAGAAGAUUGGGCAGCUGCAAGCACUUCGAAAGCUCAGCCUCCACGACAACGUUUUGGCUGGCCCUGUCCCUUGGUCUCUUGGCUUCCUUCGCAAUCUCAGAGGGGUUUACCUCUUCCAUAACCGGCUUUCGGGUUCCAUACCUCCUUCAAUUGGUAACUGCCCUCUUCUUCAAACUCUUGAUUUAAGCAACAAUUCACUUACUGGUACAAUUCCUUCUAGUCUUGCAAAUUCUACCAAGUUGUUCAGGCUCAAUUUGAGCUUCAAUUCACUUUCUGGUACUAUCCCACCUAGUCUCACCAAGUCACCUUCUCUCACCAUCCUUGCUCUCCAACACAACAACCUCUCUGGUUCUGUUCCAAGUACUUGGGGUACUGGAACAGGAAAUAGAAGCUACCUACUUGCGAUCCUGACCCUUGAUCAUAAUCUGAUCUCUGGAACUAUUCCAAGUUCUCUGAGCAAGUUGGGUUUUCUUGAAGAGAUUUCUGUAAACAAUAACCAGAUUACUGGGACCAUUCCCAAUGAACUAGGGGGGCUCACUAGGCUCCAAAAGCUAGACUUAUCCAACAAUGCUAUCAAUGGAAGCUUUCCUUCUAGCUUUUCCAACCUCUCCUCCCUUGUUUCAUUGAAUCUAGAGGGCAAUCGCCUCGAUAACCACAUCCCAGAAGGCCUUGACAGAUUGCAGAACCUCUCAGUACUCAACCUGAGGAAGAAUAAUUUCAGUGGCCAUAUUCCAGCAUCUAUUGGGAAUAUUUCUGGAAUUUACCAAGUUGAUUUAUCUGAAAAUAAAUUCAGUGGAGAAAUUCCAGAAGGCCUUGACAGAUUGCAGAACCUCUCAGUACUCAACCUGAGGAAGAAUAAUUUCAGUGGCCAUAUUCCAGCAUCUAUUGGGAAUAUUUCUGGAAUUUACCAAGUUGAUUUAUCUGAAAAUAAAUUCAGUGGAGAAAUUCCUGCUUCACUUGGCAGCCUAGCCAAUCUCACUUCCUUCAAUGUUUCUCACAACAAUCUCUCUGGCCCAGUCCCAUCCCUCCUCUCCAAAAAGUUCAAUUCCAGCUCUUUUGUGGGGAAUCUUCAGCUAUGUGGCUAUAGCACUUCAACUCCUUGCCCUUCUCCCCCACCUCAGAUUCUUCCAUCUCCACCAACACGGCCUUUGAAGAAAAAGCAUCACCACAAACUAAGUACGAAAGAUAUAAUUCUCAUAGCAGCAGGUGCUCUCCUAGCUGUUCUGCUUCUACUCUGCUGCAUUUUGCUUGUUUGCUUGGUCAGGAAAAGGUCUGCUUCAAAGGGAAAGAAUGAUAAAACUGUCAAGCAGGCUGCUGCUGGGAGCACUGACAAGGCAGCUCCUGCUACCACCGGAGUGGAAUAUGGCGGUGAAGCUGGUGGAAAGCUUGUUCACUUUGAUGGGCCAUUUGUUUUUACAGCUGAUGACCUAUUGUGUGCCACUGCUGAGAUAAUGGGAAAGAGUACAUAUGGGACUGCAUAUAAGGCAACAUUAGAGGAAGGUAAUCAAGUUGCAGUGAAGAGGUUGAGGGAAAAGACUACAAAGGGUCAAAAGGAGUUUGAAACUGAAGCUGCGGCACUUGGGAAGAUCCGGCACCCAAAUCUCCUAGCUCUGAGGGCCUAUUACUUGGGACCUAAGGGAGAGAAGCUUCUGGUCUUUGAUUACAUGCCUAAUGGCAGUCUUGCAUCCUUCCUUCAUGCUCGAGGGCCCGAAACCAUCAUUGAUUGGCCAACAAGGAUGAACAUAGCGAUCGGUGUGACGCGUGGACUCUGCCACCUGCACAACCAGGAGAACAUCAUACAUGGGAAUCUCACAUCCAGCAACAUACUGCUAGAUGAGCAGACCAACGGUCACAUUGCAGACUUCGGGCUUUCCCGGCUCAUGACGGCGGCUGCAAACACCAAUGUGAUUGCCACUGCAGGAACCCUUGGCUACAAUGCACCAGAGCUCUCAAAGGCCAAGAAGAGCACAACAAAGACUGAUGUGUACAGCCUUGGGGUGAUCAUAUUGGAGCUCCUGACAGGGAAGUCUCCCGGGGAACCAAUGAACGGCAUGGAUUUGCCCCAGUGGGUGGCAUCCAUUGUGAAAGAGGAGUGGACAAACGAAGUUUUCGAUUUGGAGCUCAUGAGGGAUGUGCCAACCAUAGGUGAUGUGCUGCUUAACACAUUGAAACUAUCCCUGCACUGCGUGGAUCCAUCGCCAGCGGCGCGACCAGAAGCUCAGCAAGUUCUGCAUCAGCUAGAGGAGAUUCAGCAGCCUGAGGCAAAUGUUGGCUCUGCUGAAGAAGGCACAGAAGAAGUACCACCACCAUCAACAACUGACUAAAAAGGGUUUGUUUCCAUCAUCAACAGCAACAACAAAUGAGAGUCAGGGUUUUAUUAUUUAUUAUUAUAAAGGAGGGUUUUGUUAUAAAAUUACUUUGUUCACAGGUUUAGGAAGAAGUAGGCAUUGAAAAUUCUUUAUAAAUUAGUAUAUGUAAAUAUAGGUUAUUGUUUGAUUCUUUUGGUUGAGGAUGAUAAUAAAUUAUAAUGUAUUCUUUUUAUCCAA